AUGUCGUCUUCCAAGGUCCGCGCGAGCGAGUUGCAGAGCAAGAAGCGCGACGAGUUGCUCAAGCAAUUGGACGAGCUCAAGACGGAGCUCGUCUCGCUGCGUGUGCAAAAGAUCACCGGCGGCAACGCGUCCAAGUUGUUGCGAAUGUGAGUUGGACUCUCGUCGGUUUGGAUUGGAUUGGAUUGCAGCCGUUGGAUCCGAGUGCUUGGAUGGACGAUUCGGUCGACGACGCACCCAUUUCGUUCAGGCGCGGGCGGCUGCGACUCUGAGCCUGGGCCCGGGCCUAUACCGACGACGACGGGGCUCCAGCCACAGCAGCGCACUUUUCCCACGCGACGCUCUCAAUGCGGGGACUAUACCACUCUUGGACUCGACUACAGCAUAUGAGGACGUUUAGGAAGGUUGGAAACGACGAAUGGGCUAUUGCAAUGUGGAGGAAUGGCUCGAGGGUUGGCGCGAUUCGAGGUUCAUCUGGGUCAUGCUUGGGCAUCGCAGCCUCAGGCCCGGGCGAGCUGCAUCGGCCGGCCCCCAUCCCUCGACCCGGUUGGCCCAUCGCGCGCGCCCGAGCUCCACCCACCCACCACCACCACCACCACCACUUCGCAAUCGCCGCCCUUUGAACUGACAAUAGCCUUCAUUCCCCACCUCGCAGCUCCACCGUGCGCAAAUCGAUCGCCCGCGUUUUGACCGUGAUCAACCAAAAGACGCGCUCGAACCUGCGCGAGCUGUACAAGAACAAGAAGCAGUUGCCCUUGGACUUGCGCGCCAAGAAGACGCGAGCGAUCCGAAGGAGGCUGUCCUUGCACGAGCGCACGGUGCAGACCGAGAAGGCCAAGAAGCGUCAAAUCCACUUCCCCAAGCGUCGUUUCGCCGUCAAGGUGAGUUGGUGCAGAGUGGUCGUCAUCGUUGAGCUUGUGGGGUGGGGGACUGAUCUUGGGAAUGCUCCGACUUUCUCAGGCUUAA